AUGGCCUUGAGAAGCUUCACCAUGCCGGCAUCGGGGCGCAGCCCUCCACGGUUUGCUGUAAGGAGAGCAUACCGCUUCUUCUCCGUAUCCGCCGCGCGAAGCCAAAUCCUCGACGUCGCUGCACUUCCGGAUCGCACCGUCCCGCAUUACCACCAGACGAAAACGUCAUCGCUGCUCUCGUUGCACUGGCCUCAACCGCCGCGCAAUAUUCUGCUCAUGCCCAAGUUGCAUGCGCCCCAAGUCGCCCGCGAUGCUGUCGAGUUUGCCAAGUACAUCCAUAGCAACUAUCCGGGUCUGAACCUUAUCUUCGAGGGCCACAUUGCCAAGGACAUCCACGAGACGCUGCCCUUCCCAAUCUACACGACAGCCCCGAGCAGUGCGCCCACACUCUUCGCGAAGAAGAUCGACCUGGUCACAACUAUGGGCGGCGACGGCACCAUUCUGCGCGCAGCGAGCCUAUUCUCCAUGCACAACAGCGUGCCCCCGAUCCUCUCGUUCAGCAUGGGCACCCUCGGCUUCCUGGGCGAGUGGAAGUUCAACGAGUACAAGCGAGCAUGGAGGGAGUGCUACAUGAGUGGGUGUUCCGUGACGGUAGAGGACCUGGUCGAUCCCCAUACUCGUGCAGCCGUAGCAGGCCAGGACAACCCAGACUUCAUUCCAUUGUCAGGAUGGGACAGCGUCCGCGGCAACGGGCAAUGCAUGGGCCCAAGCCGUGCGUCCAAGAUCCUUCUGCGCAACCGGCUGCGCGUGGGCAUCUACGAUAGCGCGGGCCGCAACAUCAAUGCGCAGAUCAUUCCGACCUCGACCGCCGAACCGGACCUUGGGCCGCCCACAGCCGAGACCAACCACCCCCGCCCGACCUUGGCGAGUCCUCCUUACCUCCAUGCAAUAAACGAAGUCUCUAUCGACCGCGGCUCGCACCCGCACCUCGCCAUCAUUGACAUCUACGUCAACUCGCGCUUCCUCACCGAGGCCGUAGCCGACGGCAUCCUGAUCAGCACGCCCACGGGCUCCACCGCCUACUCGCUUAGCGCAGGCGGGUCCAUCGUCCACCCGCUCGUCAAGUCUCUGCUCAUCACGCCCAUCAGCCCGCGCAGCCUGAGCUUCAGGCCGCUGGUCUUGCCGCUGCAAUCAAAGGUUGUGCUCAAACUGAGCCUGCGGAACAGGGGGAGGGAGCUGCCGGUGAGCAUUGAUGGGAAGAGGCGGGUCGGCGUGACGAUUGGGAUGGAGGUCCGCGUGGAAGGGGAGAAGCUGGAGAAGGGGCCUGAGGGGUGGCGAGGCGGAGUGCCCUGCGUGAUCAGGGCUUCGUCGGAUGGCGGGCCUGAGGACGACGACUCGUGGGUUGGCGGGUUGAAUGGGUUGUUGAAGUUCAAUUACCCGUUCGGGGAGCCCGUGGAGGAGCCAUGA